GAAUGUAUGUUAUCUAUAUCAUGUUAUUACAGAUGAAAAUGAAUCAGAAUAUUUGAGUGUCGAAUGUCACCCGAGGGUGUAAACGAAAUUUCAAGUGCCACAGUUAUGUACAUGCAAGUACUAGCAGUCUAUGGAAAAAGGUUUAGAUUUAAAUACUGGAAGAUGUCUGAUGCUUGUAUACAAGAACGAUAGAUAAUUAAAACAAACUGUUGCAAGGAAGAAUAGAAAGUUGUAUUUACUGAGCGUAUCAUUGCGGGAUACAUUAUGUCGGGUACUGUCAUAUCGCAAACCAUUGCUCAUUUGCCAGAGAAGGAACAUGGAUCUAUUCCAACUGUAGAUUACUCUAGUAUUAGAGGCAAGACUAUCUUGGUCAGUCCAUCUGAAGAUCAGUAUGAAUUAUUAUUGAAAAGGCUGAAAGAAAGGAUACAGGAUGGAGGUAGCGAAACGAUUUUUGACAUUGGUAUCGCUGAAGAUGGAUCCGAGGAUGGAUUAAAGGAGGACGAGUAUGAAGCAUCGGUUGCCACUUUACAGUCUCUCGCUGCAACAUUGGAAGCAGAUUGUGUGCUUCUACGUCAAAGUAAGGCAGAUCAUGGUCUAACGGGACAGUAUCUAGUGAGAAGACGUCUAGAUCGACAAGAUUUCUUAGAGAUCAGGGUUGCUGUGGUCGGUAAUGUGGAUGCUGGUAAAUCGACUCUAUUAGGUGUUCUGACUCAUGGUGAACUUGACAAUGGACGAGGAUUGGCACGUCAAAAAUUAUUUCGCCAUAAACAUGAGGCUGAAACAGGACGUACUAGCUCUGUUGGAAAUGACAUACUUGGAUUUGAUAGUGUUGGUAAUGUAGUUAAUAAACCUGAGCAUGGUUCGUUGGAUUGGGUGAAGAUUUGUGAAAAAUCCUCUAAAGUAAUUACAUUUAUCGAUCUCGCUGGUCACGAGAGAUAUUUGAAGACGACUGUUUUUGGAAUGACGGGACACGCUCCAGAUUUUGGUAUGUUAAUGAUCGGAGCAAAUGCCGGUAUUGUAGGGAUGACCAAAGAACAUUUAGGACUUGCUUUAGCGUUAUCUGUACCGGUAUUCGUUGUCGUGACGAAAAUCGAUAUGUGCCCGCCGAAUGUUCUGCAAGAAAAUUUGAAACUGCUAAUAAGAAUUUUGAAAUCUCCUGGUUGCAGGAAAGUCCCGGUUACAGUGAAGACGCCUGAUGAUGUUGUAGUUAGCGCUACUAACUUUGUCUCAGAACGAUUAUGUCCAAUAUUUCAAGUAUCCAACGUGUCCGGCGAACAUCUAAAUCUUCUUAAGAUGUUUCUCAACUUAUUGACUGCGAGAAUUACUAGUCAUGAUGAUGAACCUGCUGAGUUUCAAAUAGAUGAUACAUAUUCUGUACCAGGAGUUGGUACAGUAGUGUCUGGUACAACUUUAAAAGGUAUCAUAAAGCUAAAUGAUACGUUGCUAUUAGGACCUGAUCCACUGGGUCGUUUUACACCUAUAACCGUGAAAAGCAUCCAUCGAAAGAGGAUGCCUGUUCGCGAAGUGAGAGGUGGACAAACGGCUAGUUUUGCUCUGAAAAAGAUUAAACGGUCGCAUAUUCGCAAAGGUAUGGUAAUGGUCGCACCUGCACUUAAUCCACAGGCCUGUUGGGAAUUUGAAGGCGAAAUUUUGGUGCUGCAUCAUCCUACAACAAUCAGUUCCCGUUAUCAAGCAAUGGUACAUUGCGGUAGUAUAAGACAAACUGCUUCUAUAUUGUCAAUGUCUCAGGAUUGUCUGAGAACAGGCGACAAAGCCUUGGUACACUUUAGAUUUAUCAAACAUCCCGAGUACAUAAAACCUGGACAGAGAAUGGUGUUUAGAGAGGGUCGUACUAAAGCAGUAGGAAAUGUAGUGAAACUUAUACAGCAUUCGAAUAAUAUAACUACACAAGCGUCUAGAAUUAGUAAACCGAAUAAAACGUCACAGAGUCGGCAGAAUGCAAACGUACAGGUAUUGGAAAUGACCGAAACUGAUUCGAUGAUUGAAGCACAAACAGCUAAACAAGAAAAUGUACUGCAGAAAUCUGGAUUGAAUCAGAAUAAGAAAAGUAGAGGUCGAAGAGGACGAUCUCAUAAUGCUAUCAACAAUAUUCAGCCUUUAACAGAGCAGAACCCUCCUGCAAAAGUGAAAGAGCAGUGUACAAAGAACGCAUAUAAUUAAUGUUCUUAUAGCUUUCUACUACGUAUAAAGGUGUGUUCCGAAUUACGCAUGAGUAUGAGGUAUCAUUUUAUCUUUCUUUAUUCUUCAAUGAACAACAAAUGAUGCAUUAUGCGCUUUGUGCGUAAUUCGGAACGCAUCUUAAGUUUCUAAAAAUGUGAUCCACGAGAUACGAAAUUAUUGUACUCUGAAACAAUUUUUUUUCUCCUGAUAUAAAAACUUGCACUUUAUAGAUAUUGUGUAGAAACCUAUUAUAAAUUUAUUAAAA